UUUUACUUCGCUCAAAAUCUCUGCCCCGCCCUUCUCUCUCGAUUCUCAACUCUCUCAUCAGUCCUAAUUUUUGAUUUACAUAAAAAAAGUUUUAAUUUUUGUUGUUGGGUUUUUUCUUUUUAUAUAUAUUUUUGGAUGAGAUUAAAAUUUUAGAGGGGGGAGAGAGAGAGAGAGAUCCCUAACGCACAAUCAAAAAUUCAAAAUCUCUAAAUCUCUCGCAAAUAUGGCAUUUCACGUAGCUUGUCCAAUUACAUGCCGGAGGAUUUGCUUCUGCCCGCUAGGGUUUGCGCCGGGGUUGCAGAGUGGGAGGGGGAGGAAUGACUUUCUUGAUGGUGUGGUUAAGGUGGAGGAGUUUCUUAAGGAUCCUUGGGGAAUUAGGGCUAGAGAUGGGAAGGGAACCACGGUUCAGGUGUGGGUUCCGAAGGUUGCGCCGCCACCCCCACCAGUGCAGCCUGUUGGGGUUGUCGGUGAGGCGUUUGUGGGAGGAGGAGGUGAUGGGGUUGACGAGAUGGCUGCGGCGAUGUCGGCUCAGACCAAGCGUAUUGCGCUUCAGAGGAAGGCGGCUGCUGCUAUGAUUGCUGCUGAGGACUACGCUCGGCGGUUUGAGUCUGGGAAUUUAGUGGAUGCCUCUGGUGCUGUUGUGGGUGAAGAGCAGGGGCAAUCUAAUGUGAAUGUAAUGUGUAGAAUAUGUUUUUUUGGUGAAAAUGAAGCUAGUGAGAGAGCAAGGAGGAUGCUUUCAUGCAAAAGUUGUGGCAAAAAAUACCAUCGCAGCUGCUUGAAAUCCUGGGCUCAACACAGGGAUCUAUUUCAUUGGAGUUCAUGGACUUGCCCUUCCUGCAGAGCAUGCGAGGUAUGCAGAAGAACAGGUGAUCCUAAUAAGUUUAUGUUCUGCAAAAGGUGUGAUGGUGCGUACCAUUGUUACUGUCAGCAUCCUCCUCACAAGAAUGUAAGUUCUGGACCUUAUCUGUGUCCAAAACAUACAAAGUGCCACAGCUGUGGGUCCAAUGUUCCAGGAAAUGGCCAAAGUGUGAGGUGGUUUCUGGGAUAUACAUUUUGUGAUGCAUGCGGUAGAUUAUUUGUAAAGGGGAACUAUUGCCCUGUGUGUUUGAAGGUUUAUAGAGAUUCAGAAUCCACUCCAAUGGUUUGCUGUGACAUUUGCCAGCGAUGGGUACACUGCCAAUGUGAUAGUAUCAGUGAUGAAAAAUAUCUACAGUUCCAAAUCGAUGGGAAUCUCCAGUACAAGUGUACUGCAUGUCGUGGAGAAUGUUAUCAGGUAAAGAAUCUGGAUGAUGCUGUUCAAGAGAUAUGGAGAAGAAGGGAUGAAGCUGAUCGUGAGCUAAUUGUUAACUUGAGGGCUGCUGCUGGAUUACCAACUCAAGAAGAGAUAUUUUCCAUUUCACCCUAUUCGGACGAUGAAGAAAAUGGUCCUGCAGUUAUUAAGAAUGAGUUUGGACGUUCAUUAAAACUUUCUCUGAAAGGGUUAGUUGACAAAGUGCCCAAGAAGAGCAAGGAUUAUGCGAAAAAAUCAUCGAAUAAGAAGUAUGCCAAGGAAAAAGCCUCCCAGACUCCUUUGGUCAAUCAAUCUGAACUAGAUCAGAGUUCUGAAGGGCGUAAUGAUCUUCAACAACAUGAAUUUGGUGAAGGUAAUGAGAAGAAUGGUGGUUUGCAACACCAGAAUAAUAAUGAAGGAGCAGACACAUAUUCUUCUCCUGUUGCCGGGAGUCUUGGCCACAAUGAAGGAAUGUGCUCUAUUAAUCAACCAGGGGUCUUGAAACACAAGUUUGUUGACGAGGUGAUGGUAAGCGAAGAAGAAAGGUCAUCAAAAGUUGUUCAAAUCAAGGCCAGCAAGGCUCAGGGUUUGGAUACUGGAGAAGAUACAGGAAAAUAUGCCAGUAAGUCAAAGACUGCAAAAGGAAAGAAGCUAGUUAUUAAUCUAGGUGCACGGAAGAUUAAUGUUGCUAAUUCCCCGAAGUCUGAUGCUUCAAGCUGUCAAAGAGAACAAGAUAUGAUUACCUCAAAUGGGGAAAAGGUGGAUAACUCCAGCCAAUCAACAGGACUGAAGGCUGGGGAAACAGAGAAGAGCCAAAGUUUUGGAAAAGUCAGAAUUGGAGCUUCUGACACAAAUCCUGCAUUUGGCAGAGGAAAUGCUGCUAGUGGAUCUGAAGUUGGUCCCCCGGAUGGAACUCGUGUAUUUUCUCGAAAAAGAAAUGUGGAAGGAAGCACAGCUGUUGUUGGUUCUCUCAGUGAAGUUUCCAAAAUAAAAGAAGAGAAGGUACUUUUGGGAAAGCAACAUGAAAGUGGAUCACAUAUAUGCAGUGAUGGACAUGAUGAUAAUGGUCAGACACAUUUACCACAGUCUUUGCCCAGAGACUCAAAACCCUUGUUGAAGUUCAAAUUUAAGAAACCUACCCUUGAAAAUCAAAUUUCUUGUCAUGAGGAAGAGAAAAGUUUUGUCAAAGGCCAGAGGUCCAAAAGGAAAAGACCAUCACCUUUAAUGGAUAAAAUAUCCUUCAAUGAAGUUGAAGACUUGUCACGCUCUCAUAAAGAUAAUUUAUUGGACGAGAUCAUGGAUGCUAAUUGGAUUCUCAAAAAAUUGGGUAAAGAUGCAGUGGGAAAGAGGGUUGAAGUCCAACACCCAUCAGACAAGUCAUGGCAGAAAGGAGUGGUUUCCGACAUGAUUGAUGGCACAUCGACAUUAUCGGUCACCCUAGACGAUGGUAGAGUAAAAACGUUGGAACUUGGCAAGCAAGGAAUCCGCCUUGUUCCUCAUAAGCAAAAGAGAUCAAAAUCGUGAUGGCUGAAGCUAGUCCCUCUAAUUAUAUCGUGUGGGAUUUUCUUCUCCAGUGUAUAUGCAAUGUAUAUGGAGAUGAUUCUUUCGAGGACUUGAAGGAGGAAAGGCAAUCAGUGGCUCUCUGGUUGCUUGUGUGGAAGCUGAUUUUUUACUCUGAGCAUUUCAUGGAGGCAGAUCCUGUAAUCCCUUUGAAGAACUGGGAUAGGAGGCAGAGUAUUCAGUUUCCUUGUAGUUCUUUAAAGCUCUGCCAUUUUGGUAAAAUUAUAAAAUUUUAAUUUUAGGAUACCAUUGUGAUAGAAUAGGGAAUGGACAGUCGGCCUAAAUGGCCAUUUGGGUUGUUAUUGUUGUUGGGUAGAACUCUUGUUCAAUGAAAGUAGUAGAAUUUUUUAUUUUUUAUGAAGUUAGAAAA